CUAGUCAUCUCUUUCUGCACAGAAACAUCUAACAAUAUUCUGUCAUCUCAGAUACCGAAUUACCUCAAUCAGAGGCAGAGGGGGGAGGGCAUGCUUGGGCAAGUGCCUUCCAGUGAAAUUCCGGCGAAAUAGGAUUAGGGUAUCCAAUCGGAGAUGGGAGGCCUAGUUUCACGCAUGACGCUUUAUCACUAUCUGGAACCAAUUUAAGGCAAGAUGAUGAACUUGUGUUGCCGCUGUUGUCAACUGUGUGCGCGUCAAAUUAUUGGUAGAAUUACAUCUCAAAUUAUUGAGGAUGAAAAAUAUUUCGGUCCUCACGCUUGAAUUCAUUUUUCGGCGAGAUCCGAUCCUUUCUUUGUGUAGAAGUGGAUUUUGAAUAUGGAGUUAAUAUCAUUUUGGGUGUAGAAUGUAGUAUAAUAUUUUCAUAAAUAUAAUUGCAAUAUUUUCUACUAAAUACAUGAGAUAAUUAGUAUUAACCAAUUUUAAUCUUUAUAUUAAAAGUAUAUUGUUGUAAUCUUUACAAGCAUAGAGAUUGUAGCACUAGACUAGCGCCGGUGUUAUUCGUAUGUCAACAUUAGAAGCCUGACACUUGAACGGCUACGUUUGCUUCGUCAUCACUCAUCCGCGACUUCACGUCAAUAGCGCUUUCAUGAAAAGAUGGUUGCCUUUCACAUUCCCCUCCAUGUACCCGGUGUGAAUCCUCAACCGCACUUCAGCGCCUCAACCUGCUGGUCUUCUUGCUCAGCCGCCAUUCACUCCGUUCACUACCUCAGCUCCAAUCAAUCAACGUUUUCAGCCAUUGCAUGUCGUCGCAUCACUUUCGCCCGUACGCAGCAACUUUGCCUCUUCAUAUGUCACUCCAAGCCAUCAAUUUUGACAGUGUGGUCAAGUUCACUUAAUUAAAUGAUAUUUAUGGAUAACUAAUAAAUAAUAAUUCAAAACCAAAAGAUCUAAUAACAACUUUACAUGCAGACAUUGGGAUGGAUAAAGAUCCAUGAUGGCAUGAUGCAUGAUGCCCUGCCAUGACGAUGAUGACUCAGUUUCUUGAUGAGAUUUACGAUUGAGGACUCCAAAUUCUAAGAUAUUGUUGAGGAAGGACACAUUCUAAGUUGCCUAUAAAACCCAAACUCUCUCAUUUCUUCUCAUCCUCACUGUCACAAACGUAAGCUGAUCAGCUAAACCGCCAUAUACAGACAAUUUCCAAGUGCUUUAGUUUUCUUUCUCAUCUGUGACAGGAUGACCAUCCUUGUUCGGCAAGCCGAGCUUGAUAUGGGUGUUCAGGAGAAAGGAAUGGCACCUGAAGAGCUAAAGAAAGUGGAAAACGGUGGCUUCGUCGUGCCAGGGAGCAAUGCUUUUGGUAACACAUUCAGGGAUUAUAAUGCAGAUACUGCAAGGAAGGAGAUUGUUAAGGAGCUCUAUAGGCAAAGCCACAUCGGCCAAACCUACGAUUUCGUGAAGAAGAUGAGGGACAAGUAUGGGAAGAUGGACAGGGUGGAGAUGAGCAUAUGGGAAUGUUGUGAGCUUUUGAAUGAUGUUGUGGAUGAUAGUGAUCCUGAUCUGGAUGAACCCCAAAUCGAGCAUUUGUUGCAGACAGCUGAAGCCAUCAGGAAAGACUAUCCUAAUGAGGACUGGCUCCAUUUGACUGCACUUAUCCAUGAUCUUGGCAAAGUUCUGUUGAUACCGAGCUUUGGAGAGCUUCCUCAAUGGGCCGUUGUAGGUGACACAUUUCCUCUUGGUUGUGCAUUUGAUGACUCAAAUGUUCAUCCUGAGUUCUUCAAGGAGAACCCUGAUUAUGAUAAUCCCGCUUACAACACUAAGUACGGGGUUUAUUCGGAGGGAUGUGGGCUGGAUAAUGUGCUUAUGUCUUGGGGCCAUGAUGACUACAUGUACUUGGUGGCUAAGGAAAACAAGACUACACUACCAAAUGCUGGGCUGUUUAUAAUCAGAUACCACUCCUUUUAUGCUCUGCACAAGGCAGGUGCAUAUACUCACCUGAUGAACGAGGAGGAUCGGAAGAAUCUGAAAUGGCUCAAAGUAUUCAACCAAUAUGAUCUGUACAGUAAGAGCAAAGUCAAGAUUGAUGUUGAGAAAGUGAAACCAUACUAUGAGUCUCUCAUUAGGAAGUACUUCCCAGAAAAGCUCAAAUGGUGAAAUUCUGGAGGAUUCGGAAGUUAAGCACAUCUGCUUAAAAGCAUUAAUUGCAUCGCCGUGUUCUGUCUUGUUUGUUUAUUGUAAUAAUGUGGUGUACCGGAAGGGAGUUUUCUACUUCCUGCACUUUUAAUGUAUACAUAUCGCAAUUAUACCAUCCGACAACAUUUUCUUGAAACUGAAUAAUCUCGUUUUCACGACUUAUUAUGAACAUUUUAUAUAGUUCCCUUUUAGCGUGUGAUGUUUAUGACGCAUCGUAUCAACUUAUGGAGGGAACCCAUACUAUGAUGUUCUUAACUAAAUCAUUGAAAUGAACUUACUUUGCAAAU